AUGGAGAAGUCUGGUGCUCUGCAGCCACCUGCGGCUACGGCGGGAGCAGAGGCGGCAGCGUUGCAGACACAGGUUCUUGAGGCUGGCACGAAGCAGGGAGAUGCAAAGGCGGAGAGUAGUGAGAAUGUUGCGAAGCCGGUUGAGAAGAAGCCCGAGAGUGGUCUGGGGAGUUACUUCGCGGAGAUCAAUAAACUGGCGCUGUACAUAGUGUACUUGUUCAUUGGCAAGUUCGUGCUCUCGUACUUGGCUAUGAUCACCAUCCGCAUCAGUGGCCUCCGUCUAUCCGCUGCCCUACGUCUAGCAUACCUGCGCGCACUCUUCGCCCAGCCCGUGAGCAUCAUCGACACCAUCAGCCCCGGCAAAGUCUCCACACGCAUCACCACCUCCUCCAACACCGUCCAACUAGCCGUAUCACAACACUUCGCCAUGCUGUUCCAAUCUCUCGCCUUUGUCAUUGGCUUGUACGUCGUCGCGUUCAUCAAAAGCUGGCUCCUCACCCUCGUCGCAUCUGCAUCUCUGCCCUUCAUCCUCGUCGUGUAUAGCGCACUUGUCCCACCCUUCAUCCGGAUCCACAAAGUCACCGAGAAACAUCACGGUGAUGCUUCAGCUAUGGCAUUUGAAAUGUUCUCAUCCAUCCGCAUUGUUGUGGCAUUCGGCGCUGAGGCCAAACUGGCACGCCAGCAUGAAAAAAUGCUGGACCAAGCCGUCGCAAAUGAGAGGAAAGCGGCACCGCUGAUGGGCCUGAUGAUGGCGCCGUCCAUGAUGGCCAUGUACGGCACCUUCGCCAUCUCGUUCUGGUUCGGCAUCAAGCAGUUGAACGAAGGCAAGAUCGCUAACGUCGGUGAAAUCACCGUCGUGCUGUUCUCCGUCAUGAUGGCCGUCCAGCACAUCGGGAGAGUCGCGACUCCCAUCAUGGCUAUUACUAGAGCGGCCUCAGCUGCUGCUGAGCUGUUCGCUACCAUCGAUGCGCCAGUGCCGAAUAUCACUGGUCUGAGAGAUCCCGACGUCAGCGCCGAGACAGACAUUUCGUUUGAGAAUGUGGCGUUUUCGUAUCCUAGUAGGCCGGAUGUUCCGAUUCUUGGUGGGCUGGAUUUGAAGUUUGAGGCCGGGAAGGUUACGGCUAUUGUUGGGCCGUCGGGGUCGGGGAAAUCUACGGUGGUGGGACUUGUGCAGAGGUGGUAUGAAUUACUUGGGACUACUGCAUUGCUGAAGGAGGAAGAGAAGACUACUGAUGAGGAAGCUGAUGGUGAACAAGUACCGAAGAAGAAGAAAUGGUAUCAGAAACCCGACGCUCCAGCGGAGGACAAGACGCCAAAGGCUGCCUACGAAGAGGCGGAAGAAGACAAGGAAGUCGAUCUGGGACCAAACACCUGCACUGGUACUGUUAGAAUCGGUGGCACCGAUCUGCGCGAAGUCGACCUCAAAUGGUGGCGCUCACAAAUCGGCCUUGUGCAGCAAGAGCCAUUCCUCUUCAACGACACGCUGUACAACAACAUCAUCUAUGGUCUGUGCGGAACGCAGUACCAAGAUCUACCAAAGGAGGAGAAGAUGAAGAUGGUCGAGGAAGCGUGUCGCGAGGCUUACGCGGAAGAAUUCAUAUCAAGACUACCAGAGGGCUACGAGACGCGCGUGGGAGAAAGCGGCAUCAAGCUUUCUGGCGGCCAGCGUCAACGCAUUGCCAUUGCUCGAAGUAUUAUCAAGCAGCCGCCGAUCUUGAUUCUCGAUGAGGCGACCAGCGCGAUAGACGUGCGGACUGAGCGCAUCGUGCAACAGGCUCUCGAUCGUGUAUCCAAGGACAGGACGACUAUUGUUAUUGCGCAUCGUCUCUCUACUAUCAGACGAGCCGACAAGAUAGUAGUUCUGCGACAAGGCAAACUUGUCGAACAAGGUACUCAUGAGGAGCUGGUGGCUGUUGAGACGGGCGUGUAUCGAGGCUUAGUCACUGCUCAGAACCUUGCUAUAGAAGCAGAAGAAGAGGACGGCGUUCAAGGACCCAAAAUCGAGAAGAUCACCUCCGUUGAGAGCGGAAAGUCGAUCAUGGACGAAAGAGCCAGGCACACCUCGAUUGAAGACCCGGAAUACAAGCCUGUCGGACUGUUUAACAGCUUCGGGCGGCUGUUGUACGAGCAACGCAACCAUUGGGUUCUCUACAGCGUCGCUGUGAUCGGUAUCAUGGCAGCCGGCGCCGUCUAUCCCAUCCAAGCAUACCUCUUCGCCUUCAUGAUCCAAGUCUUUACCUUCAACGGCGCACGACUCACCAAGGAAGGGAACUUUUGGGCAGCUGGCACCGGCGUAGCCUACUUCGUCCUGGGCGUUGCAUCACAUCUGAUCUCCAUCGCCAUCACGCGCCACUACCGCCAACAAUACCUAAGCAACAUGAUUCGCAAACGCAUAUCUUUCUUCGACGAAACAGGCCACAGCCCUGGCUCACUGACUUCCCGACUCAGCUCCGACUGCACACAGCUGCAGCAACUCAUGUCUACGGAAAUGUCCUUCGCGCUGAUUGCCGUAGUCAACAUGGUAGGCUCCACCAUCAUCGCCUUCGUGUACGGCUGGAAGCUCUGUCUCGUGGGACUCUUCUCCGCCGCCCCCAUCAUCCUUGCUGCGGGAUACAUGCGCAUGCGCAUCGAGAUCCAGUUCGAAAAGGACAACGCAAAAGUUUUCGAGAAUAGCAGUCAAUUCGCUUCUGAAGCUGUUGGCGCGUUUCGCACGGUGCUCAGCCUUAUUAUGGAAGAUAUGAUUGGCGACCGGUAUGAGUCGCUGCUCAAAAGCCAUGUCAAAGAAGCCUUCGCGUCUUUGAGAUUCGGCACGCUUGUCUUCGCGGGUAGUGAUAGUAUCGAGCUGGCAUGCAUGGCUCUUGUGCUUUGGUACGGCGGCACGUUGCUGGCGAAACGAGAGUACGGCAUUGUCGACUUCUUCAUCGUGUACAUGGGCACGGUGUUUGGCGCCAUGGCGGCGGGUAUGUGGUUUUCUGUCGCGCCGAAUAUGGCGCAGGCCACAGGCGCUGCAAAUCGUAUCCUUAGUAUGCGAGCAGCUAACAAAGAGGGAGGCGAGCAUUGGUCGGAUAUCCAGGAAAGUGAGCAAGGUGUAAGUGUGGAGUUCCGGAAUGUGGACUUUACGUACAGGUCGCGAGAAGUGCCUGUGUUGUCGAAUCUCAAUCUGAGAGUUGAGCCAGGACAAUUCGCUGCUCUUGUUGGCGCAUCUGGCUGCGGAAAAUCAACAACAAUCUCCCUCCUCGAGCGCUUCUACGACCCCAAGCACGGAACCAUCCUCUUCAACUCGCAAUCCAUCACCACACUAUCCCCCUCCGCCUACCGCUCCCAACUCGCCCUUGUCAGCCAAGAACCCACGCUCUACGAAGGCACGAUCCGCGAAAAUGUCGCCCUCUCCGUCGAUUCAGCCACCGACACCGAAAUCGAAACUGCAUGCCGCGACGCCCAGAUCCACGACUUCAUCACCUCCCUCCCAUCCGGAUACUCCACACGCCUUGGGCCCAAGGGCAUGUCUCUAUCCGGCGGGCAAAAGCAGCGCCUCUCCCUCGCGCGCGCGUUACUACGCAAGCCAAAACUCUUGCUGCUUGAUGAAGCGACGUCGUCGCUCGACUCCGAGUCUGAAAAACUCGUGCAAGAGGCUAUCGAGAGAGCGGCGGGCGAGGGCAAGCGCACGGUCAUUGCGGUUGCGCAUCGGCUGGCGACGAUUCAGAAGGCGGAUGUUAUUUUUGUUAUGGGGAGUGGGAAGGUUUUGGAGAAGGGGGAUCAUCAGGGGUUGUUGAGGAGGAGGGGGGUAUAUUGGCAGAUGUGUCAAGCGCAGGCUUUGGAUCGAUAA